AAUCAUUAUACAAUUUUGUGAUUUUGCUUUUUGGUUCAUACGGCACACCACUAACCACCUGUCCACUUCCUGGUCAAAGUCUCUUCUCACCGGAAAAAAGAAUUUGUGUUGCGAUUUUACGGAAGAACAAAUGGGAUCGGAGAAAAGCAAGAAUCUGAUCAUCGGAGGAACCGGGUACAUAGGUAAAUUUGUAGUCGAAGCCAGCGUAAAGGCCGGCCACCCAACCUCCGUUCUGGUUCGAGAAUCCACGGUGGCGGACCCUGUGAAGGGUAAGCUUAUUGAUAACUUUAAGAACUCCGGCGUCACUUUGGCUUAUGGAGAUUUAUAUGAUCAUGAAAGUUUAGUGAAGGCGAUUAAACAGGCGAAUGUGGUGAUUUCAACCGUCGGUAAGAUGCAAAUCCCAGAUCAGACCAAAAUCAUUGCCGCCAUUAAAGAAGCUGGAAACAUUAAGAGGUUUUUGCCAUCGGAGUUCGGAAUUGACGUGGAUCAUCAAGAGGCGAUUGAGCCAGCAGCCUCGAUGUUUUCCGAGAAAGUGCAAAUCCGUAGAGCAAUCGAGGCCGAUGGGAUUCCGUUCACUUACAUCGCCUGCAACUGCUUUUCCGGUUACUUCCUGCCUACUUUGGCUCACCCCGGAGCCGCCGCUGUUCCUCCCAGAGAUAAAGUAACGAUCCCCGGUGAUGGAACCCCCAAAGCUGUUUUUAAUGAAGAACAUGACAUUGGUACCUACACAAUCAAAGCUGUGGAUGAUCCAAGAACAUUAAACAAGAUUCUUUACAUCAAACCCCCUAAAAACACUUGCUCGUUAAACGAACUUGUUUCCUUAUGGGAGAAGAAGAUUGGGAAAUCUCUAGAAAGAACUUAUGUUCCAGAGGAACAACUUCUCAAGCUUAUUCAAGAGUCUGCAUUUCCGAUGAAUGUUGCAUUGGGUGUCAGCCAUUCGAUUUUUGUGAAGGGAGAUAUUACCAAUUUUGAGAUAGAAGAAAGGUUUGGUGUUGAGGCUUCUGAGCUCUACCCGGAUGUGAAGUACACUUGUGUCGAUGAAUACCUUGAUCGAUUCGUUUGAGUGAAGUGUGUUUGGAUAUUGAAAUCAAAAUUACAUUUCAGUCAUUGAAGUGUUCACAUCUGUCCAUAGUUUUGUCUUGUUAACAUAAUACUCUAGUGCACUCUUCUUCCUCUGAAUGUUCUGAUACAUAACUAUUCCUAAUUGGGGGGCAACAAUAUGCAGCUUUGAGGUUGAUAUUUCUCAA